AUGCGGGGGGACCGGGCGGCCGGGCUGCGGGCGCUGUUGGCGCCGCCGCCGCCGUUGCUGCUGCUGCUGCUGCUGCUGUCCCGGGCCGCGGCGCUGCACCUAAGCGGGCUCUUCCCCUACGGGCAGUUUCGGGGGGACCAGCUCCUGAAGGAAGGCGACGAUGAAAGCUCAGCCGCCGUGAAGCUGGCGAGUCCCCUGCGCUUCUACGAAGCCCAGUUUAGCUACCUCUACGUGGGCACCAAUGGCAUCAUCUCCACCCAGGACUUUCCCAGGGAGACCCAGUAUGUGGACGAUGGUUUCCCCACGGAUUUCCCGGCCAUUGCUCCCUUUCUGGCCGACAUCGACACGAGCCAGGGUAGGGGCAGGAUCCUAUACCGGGAGGAUACGUCCCCGGAGGUGCUGGGCCUGGCCGCUCACUACGUUCGCGCAGGCUUCCCGAGCACCGCCGCAGACUUCAGCCCCACCCACGCCUUCUUGGCCACCUGGGAGCAGGUGGGCGCCUACCAGGAGGCUCGGCUUGGGACGCCGCCCUCGGGAGAGCUGAAUACUUUCCAGGCAGUUUUGGCAUAUGAUGAGUCUGAUACCUACGCCUUCUUUCUUUAUCCUGACAAUGGUGUUCAGUUCUUUGGAACUCGCCCCAAAGAAUCCUACAAUGUCCAGCUUGAGCUUCCGGCCCGGGUGGGCUUCUGCCGAGGGGAGACCGAGGACCUGAAGAGAGAGGGGCCAUAUUUUAGCUUGUCUAGCACUGAACAGUCUGUGAAGAAUCUCUACCAACACAGCAACCUGGGGAUUCCUGGCGUGUGGGCUUUUCACGUGGGCAGCACCUCCCCACUGGACAAUGUCAGGCCAGCAACAGUCGGAGGGUUCCUUUCCAAAGCGCGCUCUUCAGCUUCCCGGGAACAUUCAUUCAGCCAUGCUGCAGCCCUGGAAAGAAACUACAGUGAGGAGAAUUUGGAUUAUUAUGGUGAGAAUGAGGAGGAAGCUGAAUAUCCGCCGAGCGAACCAGAGGAGGUGUUGAAAGGCCACGGUGACACCAAUGUUUCCUUCCACUCAAAAGCUGAUUCAAGGCCUGUGGGAGGUGGCAUCUCUCCUCCAGAUCCCCACUUGCAUUCGACACCUAGAAAUAGGCCAGUCCACCCUGACACGGAAUCUGCCACCUCGGACCCGCGAACCGAAGAGGGGAGGCGUGUGGAGGAUACGGGUGCCCUAGAUAUAAGAGGCCCACUUGAGUCUUCUGAACAACCAUGGACCAGAGGCCGGACUCCAUCAGAAACAGAAGAAAAUUCACUGGAUCCUCCCCAGGGAGCCCCACCUCCCUACCUUGAAAACAGAAGCUACAGGCCCAAACCAGACGGAGGGCCGCAGCCUUCGGAAGGGGGGACGCCCCCGGCCCACCAGGACGGAGCGGUGGUUCUGCACGUGCCCGGGCACACAGCUCUGCGGGGUCACGGGAGGCCCGUGGACGGGGUGCAAGACAACAGCUCCAGCUUGGGCGUCCUCACCCCCAGAGCUCCCAGCAAGCAGACCUGCGAACACAACCACAGACACUGCUCCCGCAGCGCCUUCUGCACCGACUACGCCACCGGCUUCUGCUGCCACUGCCAGUCCCAGUUUCACGGAAACGGGCAGCACUGCCUGCCGGCAGGCGCACCUCAUCGAGUCAAUGGGAAAGUGAGUGGUCACCUCCUGGUGGGCCAUACACCCGUGACCUUCGACGACGCGGACCUGCACGCUUACAUUGUGAGCAAUGACGGCAGAGCCUACACGGCCAUCAGUCACAUCCCACAGCCCGCGGCCCAGGCCCUUCUCCCCCUCACACCAAUCGGAGGCCUGUUUGGCUGGCUCUUUGCCGCAGAGAAACCAGGCUGGGAGAACGGCUUCAGCUUCACAGGUGCUACAUUCAUUCAUGACAUGGAAGUUACUUUCUACCCAGGAAAGGAGAGGGUUCGAAUCACUCAAACUGCUGAGGGGCUUGACGCAGAGGACUAUCUGAUCAUCAAAACCAACAUUCAGGGCCAGGUGCCCUAUAUCCCAGCAGGUUUCACAGCCCACGUGGCUCCUUACAAGGAGCUUUAUCACUACUCGGACUCAGCCGUGACCUCCACAAGUUCCAGAGACUACUCGCUCACCUCUGGUGCUAUCAACCAAACAUUGUCCUACCGCAUCCACCAGAACAUCACGUACCAGGCAUGCAGGCACGCCCCCAGAAGCCGGGGCACCCCUCACACCCAGCAGCUGAAUGUGGACCGGGUCUUUGCCUUGUACAGUGAUGAAGAAAAAGUGCUUAGAUUUGCUGUGAUCAACCAAAUUGGCCCUGUCGAAGAGCACCCAGACCCUGCUCCAGUGAACCCUUGCUAUGAUGGGAGCCACACAUGUGGCACGACAGCUCAGUGCCAGCCGGGGACAGGUGUAGACUACAGCUGCAAGUGCGCAUCUGGGUACCAGGGAGAUGGACGGAGUUGUGUGGAUGUGAAUGAAUGUGCAACUGGCUUCCAUCGCUGUGGCUCCAACUCCGUGUGCACCAACGUGCCGGGAAGCUACCGGUGCGAAUGCCGGGGCGGCUACCAGCUGGCGGAGGACCGGCACACUUGCGUCCUGAUUACCCCGCCUCUCAACCCCUGUGAGGACGGCGGCCAUACCUGUGCUCCCGCUGGCCAGGCCUGGUGCACUCACCAUGGAGACGGCACCUUCAGCUGCGCCUGCCUGCCUGGUUACACGGGCAAUGGGCACCAGUGUGCCGAUGUUGAUGAAUGCUUGGAGAACAGAUGUCACCCCUGGGCUGCCUGCUACAAUACCCCUGGCUCCUUCUCCUGCCGCUGCCAACCUGGCUAUCACGGGGACGGACUUCAGUGCACACCGGACACCACCUCGGGACUGAAAACCUGUGAACGUCAGCAGCGUGCGGCCCAGGCUCAGCACACCUACCCCGGCACCAGGAUCCACAUCCCCCAGUGUGAUGAGCAGGGCCACUUCCUGCCACUGCAGUGCCACGGUGGCACCGGCUUCUGCUGGUGCGUGAACCCUGAUGGUCAGGAAGUGCCUGGGACCCGCACUCCACCCGGCUCCAAUCCACCUCACUGCGGACCACCCGCACCCACCCAGAGGCCCCAGACGGUCUGUGAGCGCUGGAGGGAGAGCCUGCUGCAGCACUACGGCGGCCCGCCCCGGGACGACCAGUACGUGCCCCAGUGUGAUGACUGGGGCCACUUCGUCCCCACGCAGUGCCACGGGAAGAGUGACUUCUGCUGGUGUGUGGACAAGGACGGCAGAGAGGUGCAGGGCACCCGCUCCCGGCCAGGCACCCCCCCUGCAUGUAUACCCACGGUUGCUCCACCCUCCUUCCGGCCCUCGCCCCGGCCCGAUGUGACCCCUCCGUCUGUGGGCACCUUCCUGCUCUAUGCCCAGGGCCAGCAGAUUGGCUACUUGCCCCUCAGUGGUACCAGGAUUCAGAAGGACACGGCCAGGACCCUGCUGUCGCUGCAUGGCUCCAUAGUUGUGGGAAUUGACUAUGACUGCCGGGAGAGGAUGGUGUACUGGACAGACGUUGCGGGGCGAACAAUUAGCCGUGCCAGUCUGGAAGCAGGAGCAGAGCCUGAGAUAAUCAUUAACUCAGGUCUGAUAAGCCCUGAAGGACUUGCCAUUGACCACUUUCAUAGAACGAUGUACUGGACGGACAGUGGCCUGGAUAAAAUAGAGAGGGCCAAGCUGGACGGCUCUCAGCGCAAGGUUCUCUUCUACACAGACCUGGUGAACCCCCGAGCCAUCACUGUGGAUCCGAUCCGAGGCAACUUAUACUGGACAGACUGGAAUAGAGAAGCUCCUAAAAUUGAAACGUCAUCUUUAGAUGGAGAAAACAGAAGAAUUCUGGUGAAUAAAGACAUUGGACUACCCAAUGGCUUAACCUUUGACUCCUUGUCCAAGCUGCUCUGCUGGGCAGACGCAGGAACGAAAAAACUGGAGUGUACACUGCCUGAUGGAACUGGACGUCACAUCAUCCAAAACAACCUCAACUACCCCUUCAGCAUUGCUAGCUAUGCAGAUCACUUCUACCACACAGACUGGAGGAGGGAUGGGAUUAUAUCAGUCCACAGAGACAGUGGCCAGUUUACUGAUGAGUAUCUCCCAGAGCAGCGAUCUCAUCUCUACGGGAUAACUGCAGUCUACCCCUACUGCCCAGCAGGAAGAAAGUAAAUACAGCAGCAUAAAGGACCUGAGUUUACAAUCAGAAUCUGGACCCUAAAGAACAUUUACUGCAAACAAAGGUGAAGAAAGUAAAAAAGGAAUUGGCCAUUAGAAGUUCCUGGAGAUACAAGAUGGACAUUUUCAGUGCAAAA